AUGUCUACCUUAUUAGAAUUGUUUGGCUUCAUUCUUCUGGUUAUUGAAACCCUCACAGGAAUGGUGGGAAAUGGAUUCAUUGCUAUCAUUAACUUCAUUGACUGGUUUAGCAGCAGAAAACUAUCCCCAGCCGACAUGAUCCUGAGUUGUCUUAGCUUGUUCAGAUUUGCAUUUCAUGCAAUUGGGAUACAGAAUGCAAUUCUUCUCCUUUUUUUCAGAGAUAUUUUUCAGAUGAAGAACGUACAUCUUGCAUACAGUGCCUUGUGGCUAUUUGUUAAUACUGCUAACCUUUGGUUUGCCGCUUUGCUCAGUGUUUUGUACUGUGUAAAAAUUGCUAACUUCUCCCACCCUCUCUUCCUGCAAAUGAAGCGGAGAUUCCCUGGGCUGGUGCCUUGGCUGCUUCUGGGGACAGUGGUCUUCUCUGCAAUCAUCACCACCAUCAAGGUAAUAAUGGGCAAUAGACUCAUGUCUGAAUGCAAGACAUUUGAAUCACUUCUAAGCAAUAACACUGACUCAGGAAUGAAGACAUCUGACUUUUGUAAGCAUUCCAUCCUUCUAUAUGUUGUUCCAGAUUUCCUUCCCUUCAUGAUAUUUUUGUUCUCAUCCAUCUUCCUACUGACUUCUCUGUGGAGGCACAAAAAUCUUCUACAAAACAGUACAAGGGAUGUCAGCACAGAAGUUCACCUGAAUGCCAUCAAUGCUCUGGCUUCUUUCUCCAUUCUCUAUGUAUCUAGCUUUUUUGUGGAAAGAAUGUCAGUGUUCUUCUCUUGGAAUGGCAUGCAAGGCAUUGGGAUGGAACUUUUGCUUACUAAUGUGGUUGUUGCAUAUUCCUCUGGCCAUGCCAUUAUCCUGAUCGUCAUUAAUCCCAAACUGAAACAGGAAUCAGUCAAGAUGCUACGUCAACUAAAAUGCUCGAUGAAGCCACUAUUUUAA